CAAUGCUUCCACCCCAACGUCUUUGACCAUCAUCUUGGAGAGCCACCCCUGUGGGGAUGCAGUCUGGCCACUGCUCCUGCAGGUGCCACAGUCACAAUACCGAAAGUCCUUGUCAAGCAAAGUCUUUGACACUGUCAAACGGUUUUGGUCUUAUCAGUGGAAAUGCUGGUAAAGAAGGAACAUUGAGAUUUGCUUUGAUCCUGUUCCUUAAGGACCAUGGAACCUUGCAAAGAAACCUCCCAGAUUGUGUGUAUUGGACUCCUUGGAUUGCUCCAGGGUUCUACCUUUGCUGACAUUAAUAGCAACAUCGGUGAUGGCAACAACAUCAGUGACCAUAGUGCGCAGACAGUAACUGUUAACGACAACCACAAUAUAGCCAAUAUUGAUAAUAACAAUGGAUGGGAUUCUUGGAACUCACUCUGGGACUACAACACCGGCUUUGCAGCAACUAGGAUCUUUGCCAAGAAAAUCUGCAUUGUGCACAGGCUGAACAGAGAUGUUUUGCCUGGCCUUCAGGACCUUAAGAAGACAGCAAAAGAAAAGAGGGCAAAUGUACAUACUGGACCUUCCCCCAAAAGCCUGCAGUAUCAAAUUGAACCUGAGGAAUUAAAAGAUCUGACUCAGUUUGGAACCCCUAUUGAAAACAUGUGCAAGGGGCUUCGUACAUACAAAGCUCAGGAAGUACAAGGGCAAAGCUUCUUAUUCUUUAGCGGCUCAUGCUUCAACGCUGAUAUCCUCUGGCUUCUGAACAUCUCAAUCUGUGGAGAGACAACAACUAUGUGAAGAAAUCACUGAUGACCCACCAACCAUGGUGUGCUCCCCAAAACUUUUCAAAUCCUAAUAUUAAGAAUAAAACAAAAAAUUUAAUAAAUAAAUAAAUAAUAAAAAUACUUUCUA